GCUUAGCCCGGGCGAUGGCGGCCGUCAUGGCGGCGCUGUGGGUGGGUGCCGCGGGCCCAUGAGGCUCCCUCAGCCUUCACCCGGACGACGCUCCCGGCUCUUGGCAGCGAAGGCGGCUGUCCCGCACGCGCCGUCCCCGGGGCCAUGGCGGGCGUCUUCGACAUCGACCUCGACCAGCCCGAAGAGGCGGCCUCGGACGAGGAGCUGGAGGAAGGGGGUCACUUAAGUGAAAGUAUGGAUCAUGGAGGAGUCGGCCCAUAUGACCUCGGAAUGGAGCAUUGUGAGAAAUUUGAGAUUUCGGAAACGAGCGUAAACCGAGGUCCUGAGAAGAUCCGCCCAGAGUGCUUUGAGCUGCUCCGUGUUCUUGGCAAAGGGGGCUAUGGAAAGGUUUUCCAAGUUCGCAAAGUAACGGGAGCAAACACGAGCAAAAUCUUUGCCAUGAAGGUGCUGAAAAAGGCGAUGAUUGUGAGGAAUGCAAAAGACACUGCUCACACCAAAGCCGAGCGGAAUAUCUUGGAGGAGGUCAAGCAUCCGUUUAUCGUCGACUUGAUUUAUGCCUUUCAGACUGGUGGAAAACUCUACCUCAUCCUCGAGUAUCUCAGCGGAGGAGAACUCUUCAUGCAGUUGGAACGAGAGGGGAUAUUUAUGGAAGACACCGCUUGUUUCUACUUGGCUGAAAUUUCGAUGGCUUUGGGACACCUGCAUCAGAAAGGAAUCAUUUACCGUGACUUAAAGCCAGAAAACAUCAUGCUGAAUCACCAAGGUCAUGUUAAACUGACUGAUUUUGGACUGUGUAAAGAAUCUAUUCAUGAUGGAACAGUCACCCAUACGUUCUGUGGAACAAUAGAAUACAUGGCCCCGGAAAUUCUGAUGAGGAGUGGGCACAACCGUGCUGUGGACUGGUGGAGUUUGGGGGCACUAAUGUAUGACAUGCUGACUGGAGCACCCCCUUUUACUGGGGAGAAUCGAAAGAAAACGAUUGACAAGAUUCUCAAGUGUAAACUCAAUUUGCCUCCCUACCUCACACAAGAAGCCAGGGACCUGCUUAAAAAGCUGCUAAAGAGAAAUGCUGCCUCUCGCCUAGGAGCUGGUCCUGGAGACGCUGGAGAAGUUCAGGGUCAUCCCUUCUUCAGACACAUCAUUUGGGAAGAACUGCUAGCUCGGAAGGUGGAGCCACCUUUUAAACCCUUAUUGCAAUCCGAAGAAGACGUGAGCCAAUUUGAUGCAAAAUUUACACGUCAGACUCCUGUCGACAGCCCGGAUGACUCGACCCUCAGCGAAAGUGCCAACCAAGUUUUCUUGGGCUUCACAUAUGUGGCUCCCUCCGUACUUGAAAGCGUAAAAGAGAAGUUUUCCUUUGAACCAAAAAUCCGGUCACCGCGCAGAUUCAUUGGCAGCCCUCGGACCCCCAUCAGCCCCGUCAAGUUCUCUCCGGGCGACAUCUGGGGACGAGGCGGUUCCUCCGGCAUGGCCAAUCCUCAGCCGCCCGUGGACUACCCGAUGGAGAUGGGUGGGAUCGAACAGAUGGAUGUAACCGUCUGCGGAGAAGCCUCGGCUCCGCUUCCGAUCCGGCAGCCCAACACCGGCCCGUACAAAAAACAGGCUUUCCCCAUCAUUUCCAAACGACCAGAGCACUUGCGCAUGAACCUAUGACCUCAUCGGCCGCAGCCCCCCCUUUCCCCCGAAACCCGGCUUGAGCGACAGCAGAAGAGAAGGACAGCUCUCUGCCAGGGCAGCCGUGCCUCACCGCCGCCCUCCUGCCAAAAGACGAGACCUCUCGUGGCUUUUUUUUCCUUCUUCCCCCUCUCAGUGAUGGUAUCAAGUUAGUCAUUGCACAGAAUAACGGAAAAGAAGGACGAGAAAAAAAAUUGGAUUCCCCUUCCCUCCCUCCCCCCUCCUUUCUCUUUCUCCCCACCUCCUUAUUCCCUCCUUUUGAAUCAAUGGUGCAUAAAGACAGGACGUGAGCAAAAAAUAUAUAUAUGGUAUUACACAACUUAGGCACAGCAUCUAAUGGAUACGCAGCGUGGUAUCUUUUCCUCUCUAUCAAAGAUUUUUGUUUGUUUGUUUUCAAGUCAGUCACUUGAAGCUAACGGGAUGGAGAGUAGACUCUGGCUCUCUUGCAUGGUUGUUCCCCCAGAGAAGUCCAUGCCCGCUGGGCAAAUGUGCAGAAUGCCAGCCUGGCCCUUUUCUACCUGAGGAUUUAACCCCACCAAGUCCCUUCAGGUGGCUUCCUGCAAUUUUAAGAAAUUAUUGGAGGUCCGAUGCUUAACUCCAACCCUUAGGAUUGCCACGUACAAAAAAAAAAUCUAAAUGAAUCUUUUUUUUAAAAAAAGAAAAUUAUAUAUAUAUAUAUAUACAUACAUAUAUAUAUAAAUCUAUAUUUUUCAACUAGUUUUCUUUCCUUCCCCUUUUAGAAGGGGCACGUUAUGAAAAAGUCUCCCACAGUUGGAACAUUACGGAAUUAUUGAUUUCCCGCAAGAAAGAGAGAGAGAGCAAGCUAGCAAGACUUAACAUUUCUUAUUCUAUUUGAAAUAAUGGUUUUGUAAAAAUAAUAAUAAUAAUAAAUCACUGUUAAUUAUGUUGCCAAGAUUGGUAGGGUAUAAGAGUUCUUCAUCUUUAAAUGCUUUUUUGUUGAUCUUUAAUUUUUUUUAUUUUUUUGGUCUUGUUUCGUUUUUAAAAGGAUCCCCAUCGGGCCGUUGGCUGUGCUAAAAUCUUGGCUAGUGUGCGGACGUCCCCUGUUUUAAUCUGAGGUCUUUGUGACGUUUUCCCCGCCCCACCCAAGCUCACGUUUUGCCCUGCUGGUCUGGAGUUUUGUGGCUGUGUUGAAUUUCAGGGUAUCUUGUCCUAUAUUCUCAUCAUUCUGAACAAAAAUCUGGCUAUCGGGAACUUCAUCUCUCUUUUUAUGCUGGCGAUGUAGUUUGCUCAAGACGCCGGCACACGCCAAGGAGGGCUUAAACCUAUUGCAAAAAGGGGCACAAGCUUUAGCAGACGGCUUAUCUUUUUUUAAAAAUAAAAAUAAAAACCUGCACAUGUCUAUUGCUGUUGCAGCCGAUUGGUCAUGCUCCGAAGAGAUGGUUUUGCCCCGUAAUUGUGUUCCAUUGCUCAUCGGUGACGGACGACCGUAUCGCUUCUCUGCUGGAGCAAGCCACCCGUUGAUUGUAUUGAGGGGAAUAAAAGGAAAAGGAAAAAGAAACACAAGUAUUACGAUGGCCUUUGACGAAUGUCUUCCAGAGAACUUUUUUUGCAAUUUAAUUUUAGGAAAUGUUCAGAAGAUUUGCUAAUUUAUGUUUCUGCAAGUGUUAUUGAAAGAAAAGAAAAAGAAAACCUGUACACAAAAUGACUCUACCGUCACAGGUAACAAAGAAUUAAAUAAAGGUAACUUUACCUUAACUUAAAUACUUCCUGCCUUAAAGAAAGCAUUUCCAUGGCCACAGCUGGUGAAAAGGUGAAUUUUGGUCCAGAGAGCUUUACUCUAGUGUAGAGUGUGGGUGAGUGUGAAUUGUUGGGACAGGGUGGGCAUCCUUUUGCUUGAUUUCUCCCCCUCCUCCCUCCCUCCCUCCCGCUUGUUACACCUGGUCGGUCUUCAACUGUGGCUACUUAGAGGGUUUUUUUGUGAUGUUUUGUUGUGCUUCUUUCCUUGAGCCAUAGGAUCUGAGCCAUAGCUAUAUUUUUAUUUGAAUCUAGCCAGAAUCUCCUCCAUGGAUUAUUCUCCCCAGCUUCACACCUCGGAUCCAAGCUGUUCCAGAAGUCAGGGGCUGUGUGUUGAGGGGACAUGGGGGCUGGGAUUGUUGAGCAUGGCUUCACCUCUGUUGAGUGUAGAGCAGUAUGUCUACCUUGGCUUGGAUCAAAAUUAAA